AUGGCUCUGAAGCGUGUAGGCGGCACUUUGGACACUUGGCUCGCACCGCUGAGAGCAAUUCGACAGCAGCUGUCCAACGAGCUCUCGUGUCUGCAGGAUGACGGCGCCCGAGAGAUGCUGAUUGCCGAAAAGAACAUCGAGGACGGCGUGACAGCACUGUUGGCCAACGUCACAAUCCAAGAACACAGAGCAAGUCGAAAUCUUCAGGUCCACGGCUAUAUGCUGGAUGCCCCAAGUGGCCGGAUCCGAGACCUCGGACUUGGACCUAAAUCGAGCAUACUUACAGCCAUCGCCAACCCUACGCAUGAGAUAAUUCGUGGCAACUAUGCGCAACUCAUAUUUGAAGAAGACGGGACUGCGACAAUGACAGCCAAGUAG